AUGAUGAAAUUUCGGCCGAGACUGUGUCUAUUUUCCGCCUUACGGACAGCGCCAGCACGCCGCUGCUUUGCGACUGAGGCGCGGUUAACGUCGGAUCAUGUCCGCAUCGUCGAAGUCGGUCCACGAGAUGGCCUCCAGAACGAAAAAAAAUCGAUUCCCCUCGAGACCAAGCUCCAGCUCAUUGAGAAACUGUCGAAGACGGGUGUAACCACAAUUGAGGCGGGAUCUUUUGUGCCGGCAAAAUGGGUGCCCCAGAUGGCAAGCACUGCGGAGAUCUGCGAGCAUCUCCUCCAGACCCCGCCACAGUCGCAGAACGUCAUCGCCUACAACUACCUCGUCCCGAAUGUGCGGGGUCUCGAGAACCUUAUUAAGAUCAUGGAUGCCACCGGUGUCCCGGCAGAGUCAGCUAGGUCAAAAUCGAAUUCCUCGGCAACCACCGAGAUUUCAUUGUUCGCAGCAGCUACGGAGGCGUUCUCCAAGGCCAAUACCAAUUGUACAAUUGAGGAGUCGCUGGACCGUAUCCGUCCAAUUGUGGAUCUAGCGAAAACAAAAAAUAUCCGAGUGAGGGGGUACGUGUCAGUGGCCCUGGGCUGCCCGUAUGAAGGCCCUGAUGUGCCUCCAGCCAAGGUGGCUGAUAUUACAGCAACGCUGCUUGAAAUGGGAGCCGACGAGGUGUCCGUAGCUGAUACCACGGGUAUGGGCACAGCACCCCGCACAAUGGCGUUGCUGCAAGCUCUCAAAGCGGCAGGCAUUGCAAAUACGGAUCUCGCAUUGCAUUUCCAUGAUACCUAUGGACAAGCUCUCGUCAACACCAUUGUGGGAUUGGAGCACGGUGUCCGCAUCUUCGAUAGCAGUGUUGGCGGUCUGGGCGGUUGCCCUUACUCCAAAGGCGCGACGGGAAAUGUAGCGACGGAGGAUCUUGUUCAUACCAUCCAUAGCCUCGGCAUGCACACGGGCAUCAAUCUGGAGGAGAUGUCGAGGAUUGGCUCAUGGAUCAGUGGAGAGCUUGGACGGUUUAACGAAAGCCGGGCGGGCAAGGCCAUAUUGGCACGGAUGGAGGCAGAAGAGCAGUCAAUGUUACCCCUUCCCGGAGCCCCGUCUUCCUCAUGGUCCCGAUUCCGGGAGCGAUUCGGGGCAUUGUUCCAUGGCGCUGAUCCCAGGGUCUGCAUUGCAUUCUGGCUACUUGGCUUGAUCAACAAUGUCCUCUAUGUUAUCAUCCUUUCCGCGGCCCUCGAUCUGGUGGGGCCCAGCGUCCCCAAGGGCGUUGUCCUUCUCGCAGACGUCAUUCCCUCCUUUGUAACCAAGCUGGUUGCGCCCUAUUUCAUCCACCUGAUUCCCUAUCCUAUCCGGGUGAUGUUUUUCGUCCUGUGCUCUGCGAUGGGCAUGCUCUUGGUGGCAUUAAGCCCCGCGUAUACGGAAGGGGGUACCAUAUCCACCAAGAUCGCGGGCAUUAUUCUGGCGAGCUUGUCUAGUGGAGGAGGCGAACUGAGCUUCCUCGCACUGACGCACUUUUAUGGACCGUUCAGCCUGGCAGCCUGGGGCAGUGGCACAGGGGCCGCCGGACUGGUCGGUGCUGGGGCGUAUGCCGUGGCCACUACCUCCAUGGGAUUCAGUGUCAAGGCAACGCUGCUAGCAUCGGCGUGCUUGCCGGUGAUCAUGGUGGUGAGCUUCUUCGCAAUCCUGCCAAGAACGUCCAUGGGUCCAUUGUCAGCCGCAUCGACCCAGUAUCGUGCGAUUGACGAAGAGGAUCGGGAAGAUCCACUUGAUGAGCGGGACGGUCUGCUCGGCUCCUCAAAUGCCCCGAGCCGGGAUCAAAAGGCUACCGAUACCAGCGGAGGCCUUGGCUGGCAGGCUUUCCGAGCCAAUUUGCGGCGAGCCAAGGGCCUUUUCUUUCCUUUUAUGCUUCCACUUUUGUUGGUCUAUGUCGCCGAAUAUACGAUCAACCAGGGAGUCUCGCCGACUCUGCUAUUCCCUCUUGAAGGAUCGCCGUUCGAGCACUUCCGGGCUUUCUAUCCCGCAUACAAUGCGAUCUACCAGGUUGGUGUGUUUAUCUCGCGAUCGUCGACUCCUUUCUUCCGGAUCCACGAUCUGUAUCUCCCGUCGUUCUUGCAGAUUGUUAAUCUAGCGGUGUUGACGCUGCAUGCCUUGUUUGAUUUCAUCCCGAGUGUGUACAUUGUCUUUGCCAUCAUCUUCUGGGAAGGGCUGCUGGGGGGUCUAGUCUACGUGAAUACAUUUGCCGAGAUCGGGGACCGGGUUCCCAAGGAAGACCGCGAAUUCUCGCUCGGAGCAACCACGGUCAGCGACUCGGCCGGCAUCUGCAUUGCUGGGUUUGUGGGGAUGCUGUUUGAGGUGUGGCUGUACCACGUCCUGGGGAGGCCGUCUACCAAAUUCCGCAAAAUCCAGGUUCUUGCUGUAUUCCUGUUCUGGUCGCUUUAUCUCUUCAGAGGAAACAAGCAUGGCCCUCCCGUUGUCCGCAAGUUCUCCUCGCGCCUCUCGGAAAAGCUAAGCGUCUGGCAAACCACCGUCCUCGUUUUCCUCUGGCUCUACAUCUCCCGCAACUUCGCCAAGAUCGUUGGGCUGGAGUGCCCCGAGCCCCUGGCAAAUCUAUACUCGCGCUCCUUCUUCCGGGCAACAUGGAUCACCACCGCGUUGGAUGCUGGCUUUUGGACGGCAAUGGGGGUCAAGCCAAAGUGGCUCCGGGAUAUUGCGUCGCUGGUGUUCUCUGGCUACUACCUUAUCGCAGCCGAGCGGGCGGAUGAGAAGGUUCGCCGGGUCCGAGCCACACUCACGGUCGAGCAUAUGCGGGUGUCAUGGAACAAAAGUACCACGCCGUAUCUCUGGACACUUGCCAGUUUGGUGCGCCCGCGACUCACUCGGUACCCUCCUCGUGCCAUUCGCAUCCCCCGUCCGGCGUCGUCGAUCUAUGAGGAGCCGACCAGUGCAUGGUUGUACUUUGAUGGACCGCUGGCUGCACUGCGGGAUCAAACAUGUAUUGUGUUAGAUAUUCCAGGCGGUGGGUUUGUUUCGAUGAGCCCGCGGCAUUCCGAAGACCGCCUGCUGGCCUGGGCGGCAAAGACCGAGGUACCGAUCUUGAGUCUCGACUACAAGAAAGCCCCAGAGUAUCCGUAUCCAUAUGGGUUGAAUGAAUGUUACGACGUCUAUCAUUCCAUCGUCUCCACCCGCGGUCGCUGCCUGGGGCUCAACGGAAGGACGCGGCCUCGGAUUGUCAUCACCGGCGACAGUGCCGGGGGGAGUCUUGCUACCGGCGUCACCCUCAUGGUGCUUCAAUCUGGCAGUUCGAACGCCCCUCCAUGGCAGGGUCAAAACAUGCUUCCACCUCCAGACGGGCUAGUCCUCGCCUAUCCUGCGUUGAACAUGAAGAUCGAAAGUUGGAUGACGGAAGAGCAGAUGGCGUUGAUCCAGGAGAAGAGCACACGCCGCACAAAUGAGAACGUUUUGCGGCGGAAGGAUAUGGACUAUCAGCGGUUGACGCCGUUCACCUCACCUGGAACGUCUUUUGGGGAUUUCUUCUCUGACGCGGACCAGGAAGCUAGUAAUCUAGGCGAGGUAACCACCAAGCAAUUGGAGCUGCACCAAAAGCUUAACGCCCGCGCUGCAGAGGCGGCCGCGGUUGCUGAACACCAGCCCAAACAGAUUCGCACUCGAUUAGCCGUGUCGUCGGUGAUAUCGUAUGUCAAUGAUCGAAUCCUGACCCCAGAAAUGAUGCGAGCAAUGAUUAUCCUGUAUAUCGGGCCCCACAAUCGUCCCGACUUCAACACGGACUAUCUCCUCUCCCCAACCCUGGCUCCAGAGGCGCUGCUGGCGCGCUUCCCCAAGACCUACAUCAUCACCGGCGAGCGCGAUCCCCUAGUCGACGACACGGUCAUUUUCGCCGGGCGACUUCGACAAGCCAAGCUACGUCAGUUUCAAGAACGACAGGAGCUGGGACUCGAAAAGUCCAGCCGCGCGUUCCGGGAGAAAGACCAUGUCGAGGUAUCUCUCAUCCCGGGGAUCUCACAUGGGUUCAUGCAAAUGGCAGGCCUGUUCCCCGAGAGCUGGAAGCACAUCAACCGAUGCGCGACCUGGUUGCAGGAUCUGUUCGAGAUUUCUCAAGCCAAGAGGCCAUCCUCUAGUUUGCUCCGGUCACUCGCCGACAGUGCGUUACCUAAAGUACCGCAAGUAUUCCGGCCCAACCACAAGCGUCGUCUCACCGGCGAGUCAUCCGCAGACGAGGACCGGCCCCUUGAAAUGGGCGUCAGCCGGUUGACACCACUAACACCGUUGGCUCGAAGCUCGAGUGCCCCCGUUGACGAUGAAGCUGGUGGUCAUGAGGGAUUGGAUAUCAAGAAGGAGCGCAUUCGUAGUGUCUCCCGAGGUCGGACUCUGCGUCCUGGUAUCACCAGAAAGCAACAUCUCGUGCCCUCAAAGCUGAGCAUCCCAUAUCCGGAUGGAUACUUCUCCGAGGCCAACAGUCCGGUUGCUUUGCGCGAGCGGAACCGGAGUUUAACCAGUCUUGCCAGCGAGGAGGACCUGCUGGACCGGCGGAUGAGUGGGUUGGCGGGGGGUUGA